CCAACUAUCAUGGCGGAUGCGGUUGUCAACAAAUUUAUUCGGAAUCCGGUUUCUUACACGUUUUAAUCAAAGAUAUUUUAUUAUUUCUGCAUUUUACGUGCUGUUUUCACAAUGGAUCACGUCAAUUGCUAACUCAGAUUUUGCUGUGCUUGAGUAUAGUUCUUGAAAUACGGCCUCAAAAUUUCGUCCAACAAGAUGCCUGCUCCCGUGGCGAGACCGAAAAAGGCUGACGACAUAUGGUCUGCGCUGAAAGCUCACGUUCAGAGAGAACGUCAGAAAAAGAAGGAAGAGCAAGAAGCAGACGCAGAAGUCGAGAGGCAAAGAAAGGAGAGGGAAAGACAGCAAAAACAAGACGUGAUGACACUGGGGGAAACCAACAUGCAAAUUCAGCAACAGGAAACCAGGUUGGCCCAGCUCAAGGAAGAGAAGCACCAGCUCUUUCUGCAGCUCAAGAAAGUCUUGAACGAGGAUGACAUUCGAAGGAGACAACUUAUGAAAGAAAGUGAGAUGAUCGGCAUGCACGCUUAUCCACCUGGAACGGUCAUGGGAGGACAUCCUCAACUUUUCCUGCAACCCAACAUGCUUGCCGGCAGACCCGCAACUCUCUACAAGUUGCCUCCUGCUGGCAUGAUGCCUCAGGUCAAUCAAUACGAUCUGCUUGCGUCUGGACCUCCAAGAGGUGCAAUCAAGCGACAGAGGAGUCCGUCUCCCACACCUGGCUACCACCCAGGCUACAGUUACAAGCACGCCGCAGUAACAGGAUAUUCCCAACCUAAGCAGGAAGAAGGCCGAAGAGGGCAUGAGUAUUCUCGAGCUGUUCUAUGGCAUAAAAAUACUCCAUCACCUUACGGAUCCAGCCAGCAGGCAUUUUACAGCCACCCUCCGCCGUCGAGCACUGCCGUCAGCUACGCUCCGACCUCUGCUGUGUACUCGUACAGCAGUGCAGGCCAUCCGCAGUAUGUCCAGGCGCCGCACGGAGUUCCGCCUCAGACCCGUGAGGACAUGAAACACGGACCCCCAGCUCUCUAUCUGCACUCGCAACCGGGUCCCUCGAGCCAACCUGGGCCUUCGAGAGUGAUGGCGCAGCAACCGCAGCCAACUUAUGUCACGAUGCACCCUGGCAUGGAGCACAGCGGCCAAAAAACGAGCAGCUAUUCGUCGCAGGAGGCUGAAAAGUACUAUGCAGGGCACCCACCUGGUGUCAGCAUCAGACCGGCCACUCAUGUUCCAAUACAUGGGGGCUCAAUCCCUGUCCAACAAUUGCCACAGGGUGCAAAAUCUGGAGGAAUCACAUCCGGUUAUCCAAUUCGGGGGCAGCCAGUGUCUCACGGAAAUCCUGUGACCACUUUUCAACCAAUUCCCACUGCAUCAACGCCACAUAGCGUUUACGUAAGCCAAGCGCCCGGAACUCGAAUUUCGUACAGCCAAGCUGCUCUGCACCACCCAGGCCAUCCUCCGCCGCACGGUGCCAUGGGCGGAGGCCUCUCCGUUGGUCACCCCAUCCACAACCCGGCCUCUCGUUACACAAAUCAAGUUCACUCGCGGGAACAGCCAAGGGAGGUUUAAACAUUUUUAACGUGUUAAUUACUCGGAUAGCUCAUGUGUAACCCAUAACCCAUCUUUUCUUACUUGUGGUGGAGAAUAAUUGGAACUAUUAAAAGAAGAAAAAAGUUUCACAAUGACACUUUUU